CCAAGGGGUCAGAUCAAACCUCACUCCUCCCAUCGACUCAAUCGCAGCCGUUGAAAUCUGUGGAAAGUCCAUGAACUCACUGUUGUAACAAGACACGGAGAAAAAUGGACGUAUUCUCCUUUUCAAAAACUCAGUCUCCAUUUCCUUGUCUUCACCUUAACUGACAAAACUAUGCCCUAAUUUUUGCAGAGAAUGUCUGAAUUGUUUCAUUGGGGUUAGAUUUUAGGGCAUCUUUCGUGGGAAAAAGUUGCAGAGAAAGGACAUGUGUAGAGUGAUAAUUAAAAGUACUUUCAUUGUUUUAUCCUAUUUGGAAAUAUUGUCGGUUUAAUGAACUCGGAUUCGUUAUCAGAAUGUGGCGAUUUGAAUUGGGAAUGGGAUUUGAAUUCCUGUUACCGGCUCGCGCUUUUAAUGGCUUUGAACUUUUUUAGUGUUUGGUUGAGGAGUUGAAGUUGUAGGGCUUAGGUGCAUGUCUAAGAGAAGCCUUCAAAUCUCUGUAAAUGCUUUGCCUAAGUGCUGAAUCCCAUGACUAUGGGAUACACAAUUCUUCUGGUGUUGGGUUUGACUUGAUAUUUAGCCCUCUUCAUAGUUGUUCCCAGGAUGUCAAAAGCAGCCAUCUUGCUGAAAGCAGGUCGUUUAUUGAAGGUUACUCUGAGAAUGAUCGCUCAUCCGAGUUCGAGGGGUUUGGUUCUAAUGGAGAAGUUGGGACACAUGAGGGGAGCAAUGACACCUGUCUCUACAGGUUGCAGCUUGAACAGGAUGUUCAAAGACUGCAAAAGCAGCUCCAGGAGGAAAUGGAACUGCAUGGUGCCCUUGAAAGUGCAGUUGGGCGUGAUUCUCUAGUCUUGUCAAGUUUGUCCUGCCUUCCAUCUGAUGCACAAGAUCUCUUGUCUGAAAUUGCCACUUUGGAGGCUACAGUUUUAAAGCUUGAAAAAGAGAUGCUUUCAUUGAAUUUUCAGCUUAGUCAGGAAAGGAAUGAGAGGCGCCUUAUGGAGUAUCGUUUGAAACAGUCACCUUCACAGUCGCAAUUGCUGUGUUCCCUCAAUAAAUUGGAUAGCAUGAAGAAAUCCAGGUUUGGAGGUUUAAAGCAUUCCGUCCCUCAAAGACAUCUUCCAGCUGAAGCAGUCCUAUGCGAUGAAGUAGGUGGUUCACAAUCCAAUACUAGCAGCGAAGCAUCUAGCUCAAGUCCAGAAGAAGUGAAAUUGGGUAGACUUAAUAUGCCCAUGGUAGAGAACAACACUGCAGCUGCAGAGCCAGAUCGUCAAGAAAUCUAUAUAAUCGCAGAGAAAAUGUCCUUGGAAGACCUUUGGCAUCACCCCAAUAAACUUUCAGAGGAGAUGGUUAGAUGCAUGAGAAACAUAUUCAUCUCUCUAGCAGAUUCUUCCUCUCUUUCUUCCAAAUCCUGCUGUUCGAAUAGGAGUGAUUCCCUUAUAUCUCCUAAGGAACAUAUCUUCCCUUCGUCAUCUCCCUCAGGAUUGUUGAUGGGAACGCCACCCGUUCAAAGUCCUAUGCUGGAGUUACAGUAUGGUAGUGAGGUUUUGGCAACUGAAAUUUUUUUUGAUCCUUAUAGAGUUCGUGGAAAGUUAAGUUGGAGAAAUAUUGGAAGAUACAGUUCAGCAAUUGAGGUUUCUUGGAUGUCGGUUGGGAAGAAACAGCUUGAACAUGCUGCUGAGGCUCUGAGAAAUUUUAGAGUGUUGGUUGAGCAGCUGGGAAAAGUGAACCCUACACAUUUAUCUUGUGAUGAGAAGCUGGCGUUUUGGAUCAAUUUAUAUAAUGCUCUCAUUAUGCAUGCUUAUUUGGCAUAUGGAGUUCCACGAAAUGAAAUAAAGCUUUUUUCGCUCAUGCAAAAGGCUGCAUAUACUGUCGGAGGACAUUCCUUCAGUGCUGCUUUCAUUGAAUAUGUUAUACUGAAUAUGAAGCCUCCAGUUCACAGGCCACAAUUAGCUUUGCUUCUGGCCCUUCAUAAAUUCAAGAUUUCAGAGGAACAGAAAGUGUAUUGUGUUGAUAAUCCAGAUCCUCAAGUGGCAUUUGCUCUUAGUUGUGGGAUGUAUUCUUCUCCUGCUGUGCGAAUUUUCACAGCUGAGAAUGUAAAAGAAGAGCUUCAAUAUUCACUCAGGGACUAUGUUCGUGCUUCUAUUGGAGUAACGAGCAAGGGGAAGCUGAUUCUCCCUAAAAUGCUUCAUUGUUUUGCAAGGACCCAUGUUGAUGAAGUGGCUCUUCAUGGGUGGAUUGCCCAAUUCCUUGAACCUCAACAGGCUGCUGCUUUGAGAGAAUGUUCAUUGCAAAGGAGCAAACGCAUUGUGGGUGCUCGAAGUUGUGGGCUUGUACCUUUUGACUUUCGCUUUCGAUACCUAUUCCUUCCAGCCUUGAUGAUUUCUUAGGUCCUGAUUGUGAGCACCUGAUCAAUCUUCUUUUGCAGAAAACAACUGCUCCUGCUCAAGCACAGUAAAUAUGGCCCACGCCUUUCCUAAACCAUUACCUAUGGUCAUCGAUUCAGAAUGCCCAUGCUAAGCUUAGCAUUUAACCAUGGAUUUCAUUUGCUUCUGUCUUUGUUAAUGUUAUGUCUUGACCUGUUUCUUUAUUUACCUACUGCAUAUUUUUUGCUUCUCUAUUCUUUUUAAUGUUAACUUGGGACUAGGUAGGAAUGAAACACUAGGCAUCCUCACCACCGUUACCACUUAGGCCUAGAGGCUGUUCCUAUUUUUACUUCUAUUUUCUUAGAGAACAGUCACUCUUUCUGGUGACUUUGUAUAUUUUAGCCCAAAUGGAAGCAAAUGAUUAGGCGGGUGGGGGCUGCCACGAGGGACCACACAUACACGUGGAGAUGCUGACCUGUCAGUGCUGAGGUGUCAAUGAGAUGGAAGAAGGAAGGGUGCCCAUGCUCUUUCUACUAUGCUGUAUACAUGAGCUUGUAAAUGUGGACAGAAAAAUGCAAAAAAAAUAAUGAUUUUGGAAA